AUGCCAUUGGCCAGCAUUCUCUUCCAGUGUGUCGAGUGCGAGUACGACUUGUGCUCCGAGUGCAACCUUCACGGCCCAAAAGCCCCAGGGGCGCUCGCCAGCGCGCCGGCGACGACCGCAGCCCCCAGCACGGCGGUGCCGCUGGCGGGGCCCAGCCCUCCGGCAUCAGCCCCAGCGCCUGCCGCGCUCAAGGCGGGGACGAAGCCCUCCGGCGCGCCUCCGGCAGAGCCGCCCAGCGACAGGCCGCCGACGGUCCCAGCAGCCCCAGCGCCUGCCGCGCUGAAGGCGGGCACGAAGCCCUCCGGCGCGCCUCCGGCAGAGCCGCCCGGCGACAGGCCGCCACCCGUCCCGGCACAUGCCGCGCUCAAGGCGGGCACGAAGCCUUCCGGCACGCCUCCAGCGAAGGCGCUCGGCAAGCAGGCCGCACCCUUGUUGAAGGUCGCGUCGAAGGCUGGCAUCGUCAAGGUGCCUGCCGUACAGGCCGCCCAGCCGGUGCUCAAGGCGAGCUCCAAGGUCUCUGCCGCGCCGCCGGCCCCGCAGACGGCACCGCCGGCGCCGAAGGCACCGGCAAAAGUGGCCGGCACGCCGCGGGCCGGCGUGUGCCCGAACGGCCACGAGCUGAGGCAGUGGAAGUCGGACGAGGACGGUUACACGUGCGACGCCUGCUCUGCGGAGCUACCGAAGGGCUCCACGCUGUUCCAGUGCAGGCAGUGCGAGUACGACGAGUGCGCAGCCUGCCACCCGAGCAGAACGAGGGCGCAGUAG